AUGAGUGAACUAGUGGACGUGACCCACAAAAGCCAUCGCGAGCACAAAACCGGGCGAAAAGCUGAGAAGAAAAAAUUACAGAAGGAAAAAAAGUCAAACAAUGCUUCAGAGCGGCCACAGAACCCGAAAGCAUUUACCUUCAACUCGGCGAUUGGAGCUGAAAGACGUUUUCGCCGGAAGCAGGAUUUAACCACCAAGAAAACUCACAUUCCGUAUGUCGACAGAACUCCAAUCGAGCCUCCACCAAUCCUGGUCGCCGUGGUGGGACCUCCGAAGGUCGGUAAGUCUUUGCUAAUCCACUGUCUGAUUAAGAACUUCACCAGAGACCCGCCGAAGGACAUCAAAGGUCCCGUGACAGUGGUGUCUGGGAAGAAGCAGCGCAUCACCUUUGUCGAGUGCAACAACGACCUCAACUCGAUGAUCGACAUAGCGAAGGUCGCAGACCUGGUGCUGCUCCUGGCCGACGCGUCUUUUGGAUUCGAGAUGGAGAUCUUUGAGUUCCUUAACAUUUGCCAGGUCCACGGAAUGCCCAAGAUCAUGGGAGUCCUGACGCACUUGGACCUGAUCAAGGACGCGACCAAGCUGAAGAAGACCAAGAAAGUCCUGAAGCACCGGUUCUGGACUGAAGUCUACAACGGAGCAAAGCUUUUCUACCUCUCUGGACAGAUCCACAACGAGUAUCUACGGAAUGAAGUGAAAAAUCUUGCUCGGUUUAUUUCAGUGAUGAAGUUCCGGCAGCUGACCUGGCGCUCCAGUCAUCCGUACAUUCUCGCAGACAGAGUUGAGGACAUGACUGACCCGGAGACAGUCAAGAGGACCCCCAAAGUCGAUAGGACUGUCUGCUUUUAUGGGUACAUGCGAGGGUGUCCACUCAGGAAGGAUUCUUCGGUUCACAUUCCUGGAGUCGGGGACUUGAGGGUCAAGGAUGUCAGCUUUCUGCCGGACCCUUGUCCGCUGCCAGAGACCCUGAAGAAGAGAGCGCUGAUCGAGAAAGAGAGACUGGUCUAUGCGCCCUUCUCUGGGGCCGGUGGCAUUAUUUAUGAUAAGGAUGCUGUCUAUGUCGAGCUCGGAGGCAGUCAUUCGUUUAAGGAACAAGAUAAUGAAAUGAUCUCUGGGAUGAUUGGCACCGCGGGGACUCUGGAUGAAAAGCUCGAGAUGAGCGAGUUGAAGCUGUUCAGUGACUCCAAAACGAUUUUAAGCAAAGAGGUUGAUGAGGUCUUUGGCAAGCAGCAGGAAAAUGUUUUUGAUAAUGGCAGGAUGAGGAGGAAGGUUAUUUUUAAUGAUGAUGAUCAUGAUAAUGGUGAUGGUCAAGAGUCAGGUGAUAAUGAUGAAGAUGAUGAAAAUGAUGAAAAUGAUGAUGAAGAAGAAGGAGAAGAAAGCUCGAGAGUUCUGGAGAGAAUUGAUGAGGGAGAUGAAGAGGCAGAGAAUGUUAAUGAUGAUCGAGAAUUAGAUGAAAAAUCUAAAGAAAGUAAUAAAAAAUUAAAAAUAAGUGACGAUGAAUCGUCAGAUCUUGAACUCAAAAAUUCAUCGACUAAUAAAGAAAAUGCUCAAGCUAAUUCACCAAACAAAGGAGUGAAAAAAAAUGCUACAAGUGAAUUAAGUAAAAAAAUAUCCGAGACAUUGAAAAGUUUAGAAAAAAAAAAUUUAGGCGAACAAAACGAAGAAAGCGACGAUGAGAUGAGUGACAAUGAUUCAGAGGGCUCGGUUGAAGAUAUGGAUGCCGAUGGUGACAGAAGGUGGUGGACUCGAACUGCCGAGGAGGCGAGUCGAGAGUUUGAGAAUAGGCGGAGGAACGUUCGCAGUAUCAUGAAAUUAGUUUACGACGUUGAGCAACCUAAGUCAGCAGAAAAGGAAGAUGAAGAGGAAGGUGACGAGGUUGCAGGGAUAUUCCGUGUGAUCACGGAGAAGCAGAAGAAGAAAAUUGAAGGCCGAGAGUUGGAAGACCAGGAAGACACCGUCUUCUACAACCUGGAGCCUCCGUCAGAAGAGGAAACGGCGAAGCGCUCUCAAGAUGCGCGCGCGUUUCUCAUCCAAGGCUGGCAAGAGUCCGAAGAUGCGAACGAGCUGCUGAAGUUAGACAACCUGAAGGAGGACGGCGAAGAAGAAGAAGUCUUUGGUGACUUUGAAGAUCUGGAAACUGGAGAAAAGUUUGACGCGAAGACCGACAACCCUGCGCCUAAGGAGAGGACUGAGGAUGAAGAUGAGGAACGGAAGAAAUUGCUGGAGAAGAAGAGGAAGAUCAAGCAGCAGUUUGACGCCUUGUAUGACGAUGCUGAGACGCAAAAUUUCUAUGAAGCGCUGAAAAGAGACGUUGAGAAGCAGGCCGAGCUCAACAAAACGGAGUUUGACGGCCUGGAUGAUUAUGUACGGGUCCAGGUGGAAGGGUUUCGCCCGGGGAUGUAUGUCAGAGUGGAAGUUGGCUCUGUGCCCUGUGAACUGCUGGAUAACUUUGAUCCAACCUACCCGCUGAUUCUGGGAGGGCUUCUCAGGGGCGAAGAGAACAUUGGACUCGUUCAGACCAAGUUCAAAAAACACCGGUGGUAUCCGAAAAUUCUAAAAACUAGAGACCCGGUCGUUUUGUCUGUUGGGUGGAGAAGGUUCCAGACUAUUAUGAUUUAUGCCAAGCUGGAGGACAAUAUGAGACAGAGAAUGCUGAAGUACACUCCGAAGCAUUUAACUUGCAUGGGACACUUCUGGGGACCUAUUACACCUCAAGGUACUGGAGUUCUGGCUGUUCAGGAUGUUAACAGUAGGAAUAAAGGAUUCAGGAUCAUAGCAACUGGCUCAGUAGCAGAGUUGGACAAAAAUACACGAAUUGUAAAAAAACUAAAAUUAAUUGGAGAGCCUAAAAAAAUCUACAAAAAGACGGCCUUCAUCGGGGGUAUGUUUAACUCUAAGUUGGAGGUCGCUAAGUUCGAAGGUGCAAAAAUAAAAACAGUCUCUGGUAUUCGUGGAUUGAUAAAAAGAGCUGAAAAAACUCCAGGCUGGUUCCGAGCGACUUUCGAGGACAAGAUCCAGCUGAGUGACAUUGUGUUUUGUCGAACGUGGGUCAGGAUAGAGGUGCCGCAUUACUACAACCCGGUGAUCAACCUACUAUUGCCCCAUGGUAAGAAAAACGAGUGGCGAGGCAUGAGGACCGUGGCUGAACUCAAGAAAGCUAACAACAUCAAGGCCAAGCCCGAAGACUUCAAAGACUCGCUCUACACCCCGAUUGAGCGCCAGCAGAAAGUCUUCCAGCCCCUGAGGAUCCCCAAGGCUCUUCAGAAGGCGCUUCCUUACCGCGACAAGCCCAAACUCCAACCUCUCGAGGUCAAUCAUAGACCUCAGUAUUCAGAGAGACGAGUCGCCGUCGUCAGGAGCAAGGAGGAAGAGAGCAGAAGCGAUCUUAUUAAGAGGAUCCGCGCUCUUUAUUCUUACAAAGAGAAGAAAGCAAAAGCUGAGAUGUCCAAGCGCAUGGCUGAGCGCAAGAAGCUUUUGGACGCCGAGGAAAUGAAGCGCCUGCAGAAGGGCAAACAGCUGAAGAAACAAAUCUUCAGCACGCUCAGUAAAAUGGACGCUAAAAAUAAGAAUAGUCGUUAA